AAAAUUUGUGAAAAAAUCAGCACGCAUGAAUGAAGUAAAACAAAGAAAAAAGCCAUCGAAAGUUUUUCUUUUUUUGGUUCUAUUUUCUUUUUUGCUGGUAAUUUUAUAUCUCCUUCACCUUCUUUAUAAUCCAAGAAUAUAUUUUCGUCAAGUACAAAAACAAAAACGGACUUGGUCAACAAAUAUUGAACCGAAUUUUAAAAAUAUCUCACCGUUUUAUGAAAAAACAAACUGUAAUAGCUUUGAGUAUGAUGCCUCUGAAUGGACGCUAAAAUAUUUAAAGCUUAAUGAAACGAAAGAGAAUGGAAACAAAAUCAAAGACAGCAUUCAAUGUAAAAAUAGAUUAAAAGAACUGUUAAAUGGUAAAAGUGUUAAACGAAUUAUACAUAAAAAUAAUACUAUCGAAAAUUGCGGUUGCACUAAACAUACUACUCAAUGCAAUGAAAGUGCUUAUUUUAACAAUGCAUUAAUGAAAAGAGUAAACACGCCACCUUGUUGUAGAGAAAAGUUGUUAGAAAUAUUAAACACAUUUUCGCGAGAGCUGCAAAUAUUACACGUACCGCACAUGUUAGCGUUCGGAGCGGUAUUAGGAUGGGCACGAUAUGGUAAAAUGAUUCCUUAUGAUCGUGAUAUUGAUUUAAUUAUUGAUAAAUCGUUUUGGAAUACAACGUUGUUUUUUGAUACUUUGAGAAAAAUAGAAAGGAUUAAUGGACACAAGUCAAAAUUUGAAGAUAAUGGUAAAAAAUUAUGUAUAACCUAUAGCGCAAUCAACCAAAAUUUAAUUGAUAUUUGGCCCUUCGAAAUUAUUAAAAGAGUUGGAAAAUGUCCCGAGGUGAGUAUACCUCAUUAUUUUUGGAAGUUACAACCUUUAGAAAAUCUUUUUCCAGAACGUUAUGUGCGUUUUGAAAAUAUAAUGACGUAUGUACCACGUGAUCCGCACAGAUAUUUAAACACUUUGUACAAAAAUUGGAAAAAAGAACUUGAUUGCUCGUAUAAAAAAGAAAACAAAUGCAGCGAAAAGGAAAGUGACUACUCUCAAUAUAAUUCGGAAUCACGCGACAUUAUGUUGGUGAUUAUUAUACUUAGUAUUUUACUAGUAAUAAUCUUGUAUUCGACUUAUUGCAUAGUGUAG